CUAUAAUAAGUUAAUAACUGAUUAAUUUAACGAUGUAAUGUAAGUAUGCAGCGAUAAAUCCAUUUCACGUGCAGAUCACUGUCCAUUCUUGUAUCCUUUAUAACCUCAAAAGGCUCUUCACUAAGAGGAUCCAACACUUUUUGUUUAUGUUCAUUUUCCUCCUUAAAAUUCUAUGUUAUGUGUUUGCCUGAGGCAGAGAGAAACAGAGAGAUGGCACUAGAAGCAGUGGUGUAUGAUCCACAAGCACAAGACCCUUUUGGUUAUGGAUUCAAAGACUUGUACAACUGCAACUUUCUGGCUGAUACUACCAACUGGGGCUAUGAAAAACUCAACCUUGAGAAAGAUGAUAAGCAAAUAGAGAAUUACCCUUAUGGAGAUUGGAGUAGCUCCACCACCUCUUCAAUGUUACCCCACAUGAAUGAGCUUCAAGAAACCACUGACCCCAGCAACACUUCAAAUUUUGCUUCAGCUAGGCCUAAGAGGCGCAGAGCCAGAAGUAGAAAGAACAAGGAAGAAAUUGAGAACCAGAGAAUGACUCACAUUGCUGUGGAGCGAAAUAGAAGAAAGCAGAUGAAUGAGUAUCUCUCUGUUCUUCGCUCUCUCAUGCCAGAAUCAUACAUCCAAAGGGGUGAUCAAGCUUCUAUAAUUGGAGGGGCUAUUAACUUUGUUAGAGAGCUUGAGCAGAGGUUGCAAUUUCUUGGUGCUAAGAAAGAAUCAGAGGGGAAAUCUGAGAAUGAAGCUGCAACUGCAAGCAUGCCUUUUUCUGAGUUCUUCUCUUUUCCCCAAUACUCAACAAGUGCUAGUGGUUGUGAUGAUUCUGCAGCCAUAGGUGAGCAUGUUGGUGGGGUUCAAUCUGGCAUUGCUGAUAUAGAAGUGACAAUGGUGGAAAGCCAUGCAAAUCUCAAAAUAAGAUCCAAGAAGCGCCCAAAGCAGCUCUUAAAGAUGGUCACUGGUUUGCAUACUAUGCGCCUCACAAUCUUGCACAUGAAUGUGACAACAACUGGUGAAAUUGUCCUCUACUGUCUCAGUGUUAAGGUAGAAGAAGAUUGCAAGUUGGGAUCAGUGGAUGAUAUAGCUGCAGCUGUAUACCAGAUGUUGGAUAGGAUUCACCAAGAGGCAAUGCUGAAUUAAGAUCCAACCUUGACCAAAUUUGCCUCAUUUGGUUUUUUUACCUCAUGACCUUAUUCAUGCCAUGGAAGAUUAUCACUCUUAUCUUUCAAGAUGUACCUAAUCAUUGCAAAGUGAUUUGUUCAUCCUUAGUUGAUCUACUGAUGGUGCCUUGCUGUGGGAUCCUUGGAGGAAGUUUUUUUGGUGUAUUCCUUCUUAUGUAUGUCUUCAUAGCUAGCUCCUUUUGAUCUCUCUGCUUUUUCUUUAUGAUCUGGUAGAGAAGGUUGUGGUAUGUUAUGCUUGAGAUAUAUCUAAGUUCUUGGUCAAUUCUGCCUACCUUGCUCUGAAAUUGGUAGGUCCUGUCUACCUCAACCAUUAAGCCAAAUUAUCAAGCUGAAUUUGAGAUUUUAUCAAAAUAACAUUGAAUGAAAAUGAGAGCCAUAGAUAUUGGCUAUUGUCACA